AUGGCUGCACCCUCAGACAUCACUGCUAUUCUAGCAGCUUUAGCUGCGCGACCUUCCGCCACGCCGUCGCAGACCCCACAACAACCACCUCCCACUCAGCAGCCGCCGUCACAAGGUCUGCCUCCGGGGUUCCCACCAGGUGCUCUGCAAAAUCCAAGUCAUCCUGCUGGUAUCCCCGGAUUCAAUCUUCCACACCCAACGAGCUCAGGCAGCCUUGAUCUGAGCGCAAUACGACCCACAAACUCAGGUUCCGUUAGUAUUCAGGAUGCGUUGGCGAAGGCGCGUGGUUUCGCUGCCGAGAAAGGGCUUGCCUAUGACGCGGGUCGCUCAAUGGGCCCGAGGGAAGAUCCACGCCUGAGUGGCCGUCCGUACCGUCGCUCACGGUCGCGUUCUCCACCGCGGCGGGAUAACAUGCGUGAUAGUUACAAUCCAUAUCGAGACGAACGACGAGAGGAUCCGCGUCGGGGCGGUGCUGGCUAUGGUAGAGAUCGUUCCCGCUCACCUCGCGGACGCAAUACAUUCUCUCCCCCACGGGGAUAUGGCACGCGUGAUCGUUCCCCUCCUCCAAAUGACAACUCAGAGGUUGUUCUUAUUGAUUCAUCUUUGGUUGGUCUUGUGAUCGGUCGCCAGGGUGAGAGUCUCCGCCGCAUUGAACAAGAAUCAGGUACUAGGAUCCAAUUCAUCACUGGCCCUGACAACAGUGGUCCACAACGGCAAUGCAGAAUCACAGGCAGCCCUCAUGCUCGAAUUGCUGCCAAGCGCGAAAUUAACAGAAUCAUUGAAGAGAACGGUGGAAACCCUGCGCGUGAGACUGGCCGUAGCGCGCGAGGAGGUGGUGCUAAGACUGGCGGUCAAUCACCUGCUCUUCGUGAUGGCGAGCAGACUCUCCAGAUUAUGGUGCCUGAUCGUACCGUUGGUCUCAUCAUUGGCCGAGGUGGCGAGACUAUUCGUGAUCUCCAAGAGCGUAGUGGAUGCCAUGUCAACAUUGUCGGUGAAAACAAGAGCGUGAACGGGCUCCGCCCUGUGAAUCUCAUCGGAAGUCCAGCAGCCUCUGCUAGAGCCAAAGAGCUUAUCCUGGAGAUAGUCGACAGUGAUACCAAGGUCGGAGAGGGCCCAUCAAAUGCCAACAACCCCCCUAGCAACAAUAGACGUGAGCCGUUCGAUCCUUUCAGUGGUGGCGCAAACAAGAUUAACGACACUAUCUUGGUACCUUCGGAUGCUGUGGGUAUGAUUAUUGGCAAAGGUGGUGAAACUAUUAAGGAAAUGCAAUCCACUACUGGAUGCAAAAUCAACGUCUCUCAGGCUUCCGGAGCUGAUAUUGAGCGAGAAAUCGGCCUGGUCGGCACACGGCAAGCUAUUGAGGAUGCUAAGAAGGCUAUUUGGGACAAGGUCGAUUCAGUGAGGGAAAAGAACGGUGGUGGCUAUGGAGGCAAUAAGCGUGGCGGUGCACGAGAUAACGGAAGCUAUAGUGACUACUCACACCAGCAACAGCCCUCAUACGGACAGUCCCACAGUGCGGGACAGAAUCCGCCACAGGCGCAGAUAAAUGCACCACCCCAGGGAGAAGCUGGCGCCGCUGACCCGUAUGCCAUCUACGGUGGCUACCAGAAUUACUUGGCUAUGUGGUAUUCGUCCUUUGCGCAACAGCAAGCACAGCAACAAGCAGCAGGCGGCCAAGGUGAGCAGCAACGGCCUCCAGGUGCCUAA